GACACAAUUCACAGAUAACGCUCGGUACGUGGACAGUAGAGAUAUGGGAAUGUCUAAACCCAUGUCACAAAGCUCGCCGUUUCCAGGUGGUUUCAAACGCACCCCCUCAGUAAGUUCGCUAUCUCGACUUGGACCUCAGUCAGAAUCGACAACAGAGUUCAUGAUACGCAAAGCCUGAUGGCCGAGAUCUCAGCACUCCGGGAGGACAACGAAUGUUUGAAACAGGGCAGCGUACAAGAACUCGCCCACACUCGGAAGGCACCUUCCACUGGCCAAGUCUUCCACCAGAUCAAGAAAUCCACUUUUCUCGAUGAGCCACACUAUGCGCCUUGCGCGGGAGGAGAUGCAGUGUUGUGCGCAGACAUACCAAUUCGUGGCGACCACCUCUACCUCUCACAACAUCCCGAGAUUGCCUUUGCGGUCUACAAACAGUACGACGAUGCGCCAGACGAUCUCAGUAAGAUUGAGAUCUUGGAUGGUGUGUAUCGAAAACCUACACCGAUCUCUGAGUGCAUCUUACUUACGGCCCUCGAGAUUGAGGAUGCAUUACAGGGACUGGUAGAGCACGCACCAGCCUUCUUCGAGUACUUCCAGGACUUCGACUUCAAACAGGGACUGGUAGAGCACGCACCAGCCUUCUUCGAGUACUUCCAGGACUUCGACUUCAAACAGGGACUGGUAGAGCACGCACCAGCCUUCUUCGAGUACUUCCAGGACUUCGACUUCAAACAGCGGCUGGAGUCGCCUUGCCUGUUCAUGUUCUACAUGUCUCCUUUCUUGCCACAAAUCCUGCCGAACCCUACUAUGCCGAAGCAGGAACUUGUACAACACCUCAAGAAAGCGAUUGACGAUAGACAUGGGAGAGAGUACGAGCUCGCUAGGAUUGAGGCAGAGAAAGGUAUGGUAUCGGACAAUCACCUGAAGUACCUCAUACGCCCUGGCGACAACUGUCACACCAGUCGCCUGCCAGAAUCGCUUGACGAUCUUUCAGCAUCGUACUGUGCUUACCAGAAGCUCUCCGAAGACUUCUACGCGCACGUUGCGCAAUGUUGCAGAUGCUCUCCGUGCGCUCAGCGGCAUCGUCAACCCUCUGGCUACUGGCAUGGCCGCGCCAACUACCCAAAGGCUUCCCGCAAGCUUUCUGGAUCCUUUUUUUUCGUUCGGCUCUUCCACUGGCCAUCGCGACGCCGAGGGUUUUGAAACUGGGCACUUGUCCGUAAGCGUCACCCGUAGGACGAAAUUGUUCGGGCAGGCAGCUAGAGCUCUGGCUGCAUCUGUGUUCAUCCCCAUCAAUGUUGGCGAGGACUCGGGCAAGUCGUGCGCCACGAGCACAAACACGAUGGUCUGUAGCCGCAACACGCAUUCUGAGAAUGAUCCUGGAUGGCCGUUCGUAGCCUGCGCUUUGCCAAACCCUUGUACUGAAGUCGAACAAGGCGCUGGGGCAGACGUCGAGCGGCCCUGAGUUGGGGGAGUCUUCCCCUUCCU